AUGGCACCUAAAAAGCAUUUGGUCAAACUUCACCUACAGCCAGACUUUCUUAGAACACUUCCAGUGUUCACGGUUCCAAAAGCUAAACGAGUCAAGAAAGUGGCAGGAGACGAGAAAAAGUCUACAGCAAAUUCGUCGGUGGCCGCAUCCAAGGGCCUGUCGCCUGCUCCAGAAGAACCUGCUAGUCACCGCAUCAAUACGGGGCCAAAAGAGAUGUCGACGGCUGGAUUGACCGUCAACAGUGUAAGCCAGACGCUCGAUAAGUCAGGUGCUCCAUGUAAGAAGUGGGUGCGGACAACACGCCAAUUCAAGACGUUCAGCGGAUUCAAAGUGAAGUUGAAGGCGUGGAAACAGAAGCCCGAGGGAAAGGUGAAAACGGAAAGGAAGAUCUCUGUUUCAGAUAUCGUGGAGUCAUCGGUAGAUACUGCUGUUACGGUAUAG